AUGCGCAACAUCGUCGUGCUCAGUGGCAGCUCGCACCCUGCUUUGGUCGACCAGAUCUGUGCCCGUCUCGGCAUCUCCCCCGGCCAGGUCAAGCUGUCAAAAUUCGCCAACAAGGAGACCAACGUCGAGAUUGGCGACAGUGUCCGUAACAAGGACGUCUUCAUCAUCCAGUCCGGAUGCGGCGCCGUCAACGACAACUUGAUGGAGUUGCUCAUCAUGCUCGCUGCUUGCAAGACCGCCAGUGCUCGCCGCAUCACAGCUGUCAUCCCCUGCUUCCCUUAUGCCCGUCAGCCCGAUGCUCCUUACAAGAAGAACGGCAUGCCCCUGUCGCGCGUCCCUCCCAAUAUCUUCUUUGGAUACACCGGAGCCAGCACCCCCUUCUCUUUGCCCGUCACCCCUGCAGGCACUCCCCUCCAGACCCCCAGCUUGGAUCGCAUCGACCGCAAGAACCCCUUCGACAAGAUGUUUGAUUCCACCAACGAGUCCAACUCGGACAUCGAAUCCGCCGCGACUUCGCCCACCCUCCCGCCCGCAGGAGGUGCUAGUGGAAUCGCCCCUGCCAUCUCUAGCUUGAGAAUCGAGGGAGAGGUCACCAAGCCUCGUCUUCUUGCCCCUCGUGGAAUUCGCCCUCAGGCCUUGUCCCAGCCCUCGCACUUGCUCCUCCCCACCACCAACGGCAACCCUUCCGCCAUGAACCCCCAGAACUUUGUCACUAGCGAUCAGGUCAACCCCCACAAGGGCGGAUACAAGCACUGGGUUGCUCGCUCCGGUACCUUGAUUGCCAACCUCUUGGUCACCGCCGGUGCUGAUCAUAUUAUCACCAUGGACUUGCACGACCCUCAGUUCCAGGGCUUCUUUGAUAUCCCUGUCGACAACUUGUACGGACAGCCCUUGAUGGUCAAAUACAUUCGCGACAAGAUCCCCAACUGGGAGGACGCCGUCGUUGUCUCGCCCGAUGCCGGUGGAGCCAAGCGUGCGACCGUCAUUGCCGACAAGCUAGGCAUGGAGUUUGCUUUGAUUCACAAGGAGCGUCGUCAAAUCCAGGCCCCUCACAAGUCGGACAUGAUGUUGGUUGGAGAUGUCAAGGACAAGGUCUGCAUCUUGGUCGAUGAUAUUGCAGACACCUCGUUCACGAUCACCAAGGCGGCCAAGGUCCUUCAGCAGAACGGAGCACAAAAGAUCUAUGCCAUCAUCACCCACGCUAUCAUGUCUGGAGAUGCCAUUACCAGGAUUCAGAACUCGUGCAUUGACCAGGUCAUUGUCAGUAACAGUAUCCCCCAGGAAGAGCAUUUGGCUGGCUGCCCCAAGAUGAAGGUCUUCAACGUCGCCCCCAUCUUUGCUGAGGCCAUCCGCAGGAUACAUAACGGCGAGAGUGUCAGCAUGUUGUUUGAUGUCAUGGAUUUGAUUUAG